AUGCGGGGAUCUGUUGAUGUCCAACUGUACUUAAGACACCCCGGUGGCCUGUUGUUCUUCAAUUGUAUUUUAUGCUCCAGAAGAUACACCAUGGUAGACCAAGUUGACCAAAAUAUUCCUAUUCCUUUGUGGUUGGACUGCGAUCCUGGCCAUGAUGAUGCCUUCGCGAUUCUGAUUGCCGCUCAGCAUCCAUCGUUAAACCUUCUUGGAAUCAGUACUAUACACGGAAAUGCAUCGUUGGAAAAGACAACUGCCAAUGCGGGUAGUGUUUUGGAAGCGAUCGGCAAGCCAGACAUUCCCGUCUAUCCCGGCAGUAAUAAGCCAUUCUCACGACCUGCCAUUCAUGCCCCUGAUAUUCAUGGCGAAUCUGGCCUUGAUGGGACUGACCUUCUUCCAAAGGCUAGUAGAGCACCUAUCACUGAUAAAAAUGCCAUUGCGGCCAUGAGAGAUGCUCUUCUUGCACAGCCCAAAGGAACUCCUUGGGUAGUUGCAACUGGCACCUACACAAAUGUCGCAUUGCUGUUUGCGACUUUCCCCGAGGUGGCUGAGCACAUCCAGGGACUGAGCCUUAUGGGUGGCGCCAUUGGGGAUGGAUUCACCGAUGCACCCAUGAGCAGACUUCCAGGCGAAAAAUCUAGGAUUGGAAAUGUGACGCCAUGGGCUGAGUUCAAUAUCUAUUGUGACCCCGAAUCAUCAGAGUCAAUCUUUAGCAAUCCUGUUCUUGCACCCAAGACCACUAUCAUCACUUUGGAUCUCACUCAUCAGGUUUUGGCCUCACAGGCCAUUCAAACUCGCAUCUUGCACGGCUCAACUGAAUCGACGGGAGAGCCUACUAUCCUUCGGCAGAUACUGCACGCGCUUCUCACUUUCUUUGCAGCCACAUAUGAGAAAGCAUUUGGAUUGACUACUGGACCCCCACUACAUGAUCCUCUUGCAGUGGCUGUGAUCUUGUCGACUCUGAAUCCAGUCUUUGCCAAAAAGCAUCCGAACCAAGCUCUUGCUUUUGAUGAUAAAGGUGGCGAACGAUUUGCUCUGAGCAUAGUCACAGAUGGACGCCAUGGCAAACAUGUAUCCGAGACUGGCCAACUGGGGCGCUCGAUAGCCGUCCCUGUUGAUGGUCCGGGUGUUGCUGUUCCCAGGGGAGUUGACCUAGAAGCUUUCUGGAACAUGAUCCUAGAAUGUGUCCAGCUGGCUGAUGACUGCAAUGUUGCGCGCAAGGCCUGA